CUCCCCAUCAGGCCCCGCUCCUUCCCGCCCCGGCCUCCUCUCCUCUCGGUAUAGCGCUGAUCCCGCAGGAUGAUGGCCGCCUGCAGAAUCCUCCCGACCCUCAGAAGGGGCCUGAGCCUGUCCCGGAGGGCGCAGAGCAAGGUCUGUGCUUGUUACUUCUCUACAUCCAAUUCACACAAUGCUAAGUUCUACAGUGAUCCGGUUGAAGCGGUGCAGGACAUACCAGAUGGCGCCACGCUGCUGGUUGGCGGUUUUGGUUUGUGCGGAAUUCCAGAAAAUCUUAUCGGGGGCCUCAUUAAAACCGGUGUGAAAGGAAUAACUGCUGUGAGCAACAAUGCGGGAGUUGAUGGCUUUGGCCUGGGCCAACUCCUGAACACCAAGCAGAUCAAGCGCAUGGUGUCCUCCUAUGUUGGCGAAAAUGCAGAAUUCGAAAGGCAGUAUCUCCAAGGAGAGCUGGAAGUGGAGCUUGUACCUCAGGGAACCCUUGCGGAGAAAGUUCGAGCCGGCGGCGCAGGUAUUCCAGCGUUUUAUACACCCACAGGUUACGGCACAUUAAUCCAACAAGGAGGAGCACCUAUAAAAUAUAAUAAAGACGGCACAAUAGCGAUCGCCAGCGAACCUAAGGAGGUGAAAGAAUUCAAUGGCCGCCACUUUGUUAUGGAGAACUCGAUCACUGGAGACUUUGCCUUGGUGAAGGCCUGGAAAGCGGAUCGUGCCGGCAACAUUGUAUUCAGGAAAACCGCAAGAAAUUUCAACCAGCCAAUGUGUAAAGCUGCCAAAGUUACAGUGGUGGAGGUGGAGGAGAUUGUGGAUACCGGAAGCUUUACACCAGAAGACAUCCACAUUCCCAGCAUUUAUGUAGAUCGGAUCAUUAAGGGCGAGAACUAUCAGAAGAAAAUUGAGAGGCUCACAAUAAGGAAAGUCGAAGACUCCACGCCGAAACCGAAAAAAGAAUCUGACCUCGUGAGAGAGCGAAUCAUCAGACGGGCCGCCCUAGAGUUCAGGGAUGGGAUGUAUGCAAAUCUGGGUAUCGGCAUUCCGAUGCUGGCCAGCAACUUUAUAAAGAAAGAUAUUACUGUUCACCUUCAGAGUGAAAAUGGCGUCCUCGGCCUGGGUCCUUACCCCACAAAAGAUGAAGUAGAUCCUGAUCUCAUCAAUGCAGGUAAAGAAACUGUCACAGUCCUUCCAGGAGCAUCAUAUUUCUCUAGUGACGACUCCUUUGCCAUGAUUAGAGGAGGACAUGUGGAUCUGACCAUGUUGGGCGCUAUGCAGGUGUCUAAAUACGGAGAUCUGGCAAACUGGAUGAUUCCUGGCAAGAUGGUAAAAGGAAUGGGAGGUGCCAUGGACUUGGUCUCUAGUUCAGGAACUAAAGUGGUUGUGACUAUGGAGCACUCUGCCAAGGGAGGAAAACACAAGAUCCUGGAAGAAUGCAACUUACCGCUUACUGGCAAACUAUGCGUGGAUCGUAUUAUCACAGAGAAGGCCGUCUUUGAUGUGGACAAAAAGAAGGGAUUGACUCUGAUCGAAGUUGCGGAAGGACUUUCUGUAGAGGAUAUAAGGAAAUGUACAGGCAGUGACUUUGCGGUUUCGCCUGACCUGAAGCCUCUGCAGCAGAUCAGCGACUGAAGAUUUUAUUAAUAUGUCUGCAGGCAUGAGAAAAUCCUGUGCCUACGAAAGGAAGGUCUACCAACUAGGACGUGUAUUCUAACAUUUGUGGUUACAAGGGGCUGGGGAGAUGGGGUUUGAUAAAAUAUAAAGUAGUUUUGAAUAACC